AAGCCUCAGUUCAACCUGUAUGGUGACAGCUGGGUGUUCACAAUGGUGACUGUAAAGCUCUUCUUGAGGUUUGCUCUCUGUGCUUUGCUGAUCCUUGAUGUUUGUGGCUUUCCAUCUAAGGGCUUGAAAUCCCACAGCCAGAGCAGCAGUCACCCAGGUGAAGGAGAUGACUUUACUCAUCACAGAGGAUCAGCCACUGGUCGCUAUGCACCCUUGUACAGUACUUCUAGUCAAGAGGGAUUCCCUGAUGGUGCUUUUGUACCUGUUCAAGCAGCAUACCCAGUUGGAACUAUUCCAGCAGGAUAUGAAGCUGGAGGUCCUGGGCCCAGUCUACCAGAAACCAAGUGGACCGUUGCUCCUAAUAUCUUCUCUGAGGAAGGCUUGGCCAACACCCAGACCCUUGACUCCAGCAUGCUGCUCCCACAAAACCCUGCACCAUCAGGACCAUUCCUCCAGUCUGGGGAGACGUCCAAUGUUGAGAAGGAAGCUGAACUUGGGAACUACCAGCAUGAAACUGAGGAAUUUGGCUACCCAGGUGCUAGCAUGGGGCCUGGACCAGUCCUCCAGUCUGGGGAGACGUCCAAUGUUAUGAAGGAAGCUGAACUUGGGAACUACCAGCAUGAAACUGAGGAAUUUGGCUACCCAGAUGCUAGCAUGGGGCCUGGGCCAGUCCUCCAGUCUGGGGAGACUUCCAAUGUUAUGAAGGAAGCUGAACUUGGGAACUACCAGCAUGAAACUGAGGAAUUUGGCUACCCAGGUGUUAGCAUGGGGCCUGGACCAGUCCUCCAGUCUGGGGAGACGUCCAAUGUUAUGAAGGAAGCUGAACUUGGGAACUACCAGCAUGAAACUGAGGAAUUUGGCUACCCAGGUGCUAGCAUGGGGCCUGGACCAGUCCUCCAGUCUGGGGAGAUGUCCAAUGUUAUGAAGGAAGCUGAACUUGGGAACUACCAGCAUGAAACUGAGGAAUUUGGCUACCCAAGUGCCAGCAUUGGGCCUGGACAAGGACUUCCUAGUUACCCUAUGCCAUAUGUUGGUGGAGGAGUCUUCUGGGGUAGCCCUUAUCUAUACCCUCUUUCCUCUCCUUACCCGUACUUUGACUACAGGCUUCUGUAUGGCAUGUACCCUACUGGCACCUACACCACAUUUAGCAAGAGCAACGAAAAGGGAAAGGAUUACUACCAGAGCAUCCACUACCUGAAAGAGCAUGCUCCUGAAACUCUCCCUCCUGGGCAGCAGAAGAAAAUCUUCCCAUAGAGCGCAUACAGUAAAAAAAUGACUAUUGUAAGCUGCAUUCUCGAUUCUUGGUAUGAAAUGACUCUUGAAUAAAUAUAUUUACUA